AUGUCUGGUGAAAUGUUAACUGUUGUGGAGCCAAGUGAAGAGAACUAUGAGUCACAAGUCCCAGAAACGCCAACGAAUAAAGAUACUCAAGCACCAAGUCAAGUAAAUCAAUCACAAUGUGAGGCUACAUCAAAUAGGACUGGAAAACGUGCGGGUAAAAGGGUAAAGUAUAAUGAUGAUGUUUCUGAUAGUUUAUUAACUUCAUUGAACAAGUUAGGUGAGUUUUAUGCUGGAACUUUGGAGAAUGUGAAACAACUUACAUCUUGCUUUGUGCACGAAAAACACACGGCUGAUAGGAGGAACCAAAUUGUCUCUAUUUUAAAAGAAAUUGAAGGUCUGUCAACUAUAGAUGUGGUAAGGGCUGUCAUGCUUAUCACCAAAGACAAUAAUCUACUGGAUUGCUUUUUCACUAUGGAUACUCUUGAAUUGGGGAAGGAAUUUGUGAAAAUUAUUUUAACUACCAACAGUUCUUAG